CGAUCUGGUCCAACAUGGCGGCCACAAACGACAAUCAAGGCUUGGAAGACCUCCUAGAAAACGAGGGCACACCGGCUGGAGCUCUGGUGCUUACUGCGUUGAUGACAACAGCAACGCAACCGCUUACAUGCGUUAGACUGUUGAUGCAGGUAGUUUUCUAUGUUCUAUGAGGAAAGUUCGAUAGUGCUUUCGAUUUAUCUUCAUUCACUUCAAUGUGCCGGCUUGCAAUUUGGAAAUGCUGAGUUAAAGUCAAAGAGACAUGAGGUCCUCGUAUGUGACUUUUGAAAUUCUGAUAACGUUUAUUUUUGGUUGAGCAAUUGUGAUGGGCUUAUUACUCAGCAGAUUUUGGGUGCACAAAGUGAAAACAUAAUGCAUCAGUCAAUUCCAGCUGCGUUUGGUUCUAGAUCCCCAUCCCAAAAUUCCUAAAGUAGCCCCAUAACAUACACCCUCUAUUCCUUAAAUCUUCUUUUGCCUCAUGAAAUAGGCUAAAACAAUGUGCUGAGUUUGUGAUUAGCUGUAUGUCAAUGUUAGAGGGUUGGAUGGGAGGAUCACAGUUUUAAGGAAGCUUCCCAUUUCCUUUCUUUGUGUUUCAAUUCAAGGUUGGUCAUGAGCCAAUUCCUCCAGCUCCAUCAAGAACAUUUUUAGGAACAAAAGUGCUAAGAUUACCAAGUUUCUUUCAGUAUGGUAAGUUGUGCAAGACUGCGAAGAGUCUUUUGAGACAUCCUGCUAAUGAGUUAUGGGUCAGGUAUCAAAUACCUACUGGGGCAUGGUUACCAAACCAAUAGACUUGGGGUAGAGGGGGGGAGGGGGGUGAAGGGCACACAAAAAUUGGUAAGACGAUGUGUAUUGCCCUUCUCCCUUUGACUGAAAUUCUAUUGAAUACAGUGAAAGCUCUGGUAAGCAGACACCCUCAGAACGUGAAAAAGUUGUCCGUAAAUGCAGCUGGCCACUUAUGCAUCAGUCAAUUCCACCUGCGCCCAGCCCCCCCCCCCCUCCUGGGUAACUGCGGGGCAUUUGCCCGCCUUGUCAGUCCCGGGGGUGGGGCAUUUGCAAAUGUUGCACUGCCCGUGGCCCGGGUAUUUGCCAACCCCCGGGCCAUUCCCGAGCUUUUGACACGCACGCGGUUUCCUAUCAGAAUAUAACUACAAAGAAGGUUUUACUGGAAGAAAAGCGGAUUGGCUCAUUUGUCAAGGACAGGAACCAAUUGUAGAGGGUUGUAACGACAUGUUCUCGAUUUUACAUGUAUGUAUGCAUUUUUUCAUUGCUUAUCAAGCCAGAAUUACGUAGCGAAAUUGGAGCUAUCGAUGUGAAUCAAUGUUUUUUGGUUAUUGAAUCAAAUUUCUGUUGAUAUUAUUUGAAGAACAUCCUUUCAUAUUUAUAAAACUAUUCAUAACAUAUAACUUUACAGUGCUCUAUUAAUAUUAAUGUCAAUAAUUUUAUACCAAUACUAAAACCAUAAACUGGUGCAUGUCGUCGCGGCGCGAAGUCUUAAUUAGAAUCCUCGCGCUAUUACAAAAAAAGACAUUAAUUAAACCAAAAAAUCGCACAUUAAAAUGCUUAAAACGGCACUAUUUGACUGUGCGAUCAAUAAAAAAUGUUGCAGUGUUGACGCAGGACAGGGCAUUUGCCCUAUUUUUUCGUCCCCACCCCGGGGGAUUUGACAGCUCAAGAGUCCCCACCCCCGGGAAUUUGCCAUCCAAGGCAAAAAAAAUGCUAAUGCCCGGGGGUCAGCCUGGGGGGAGGGCUAGGCGCAGGUGGAAUUGACUGUUGACUGAUGCAUUACAAGUUUGGUUUUCUGGUCCUUUGUAGCCGCUUGAGGUGUAAGGGUUAGAUGGCCACUUAGAGGAACUUGGUCAGCUACAAAUAAAAAUUGGGAUUGCAAAAACUUUUUUGUUAGUGUUUGGCCAUACUUUUUUUCUAACCUGAGUAUCAGGCUUUCUUGUCUGGAGUGGAUCCAGCAUUUUUCUUAGGAUGGGGUACACCACUAAGGGAUGGUGGAACUGACUGGUGACAUAAACAACUUUUAAAAGUGAAUACGAAAAAGGCUUUUGACGAGGCAAUAACAUUAUUUUUUUUAUUUGUUAACUUGCUGAGAAUGCACACCAUGCAUAUCUGCAUAUUUUGCAGAAUACCAGUUGUAUUGGAAAGCCGCAGAUCAUCUCCUGGGGGGGGGGAUGUGUGUAUCCCCUGCACCCUCCCCCUAUUUCUGCCCCUGCCUAGCCUGGUACUCAGGUUACUUUUGUUCUGACAAAGAUGAAAUUUAGACACAGGCAUAAUAUUCAAGUGUUUCUUUGAAGUGAAACUACAUGUGUAUAUGUGAAAUGUUAGUACAUUGAAACUGAUAUGAAUUCAUUGUGAAGAACAGCGAUUUGAAUUUGAAUAUUAAAAUACUAGAUUCUAAGGAGACUGAGAUUUCAUUUUUGGUGUCGCUUAUGGGAGAUUAAAAGCCAAAAUCAGACUCGUAUACCCCGAGAGUGUCUGUGGCCUCUUACGGGAAAUAUGUAACAAUACAUAGUUUUCGUGGGAGUUGAAAUGGGGUUUUGUAAGUAGAGCUGUCCACUUACAAGAGUGUCCCCUAGAAGAGCUUCCACUGUAUUGCAUUCAUGCAGACUAACAACUGGUUUAUAUUUUAUUUUUAUUAGUUGUUUUGAUUUAUAUUAUAAUAGCAAAUCACAUCAAGAAGUUGGAUGGCUGGAGUGGAUUGUACCGAGGAUUACUGCCAAGAGUUUACUCAUCUAUGAUUGGAACUCUUGUAAACCAUACUGUUUUACAGGUAAGAAAGGACCCAGGAAUAUGGUCAACUCCCCCUGUGACAACAUCAUUUGCAUCAUAGAGUUACAUGUAUCUACCUUCACGUGGAGAGUUAAAAAAAAAUGACUGAAACAUAACAGGCACCAACUCAAGGUGUGCAUCACUGAAAUGCUCAUUGUAUAGAGGGGUUAAACUAGUUACAGUGGCCUGAGAAAAUCAAAGCUAAGAAAUCAAAAGAAUCAGAUUUCGUUGUGUUAAAUAUUAAGAAAUGAAUAGCAGUCUGCAGAUUGUUCUGCCAAAGUGGUUUCAUUUGAUUUGUAACACCAUACUUACUUACUUACUUACAUGGAUUUAAAAGUUAGAGUGACUAGUAGUUUCACCCUUAAACUGGUCUAAAACCCUAAAAAAUAAUGUUUCAUGUUUUACUUUCCACUGAAUUUCAUUUCUGGGUUCAGAAUCUUCUAGACCCAAAACAGACUGCUUUAUGCCUAAAGAUCUAUAUACAGCAAGGUGUCUUGACUACUUUGGCCUUGUCACAUAUAUAUACCUGCCAACUUUUUCUGAGUCAAAUGUGUGAGAUUUUCUCCUUGUCAUGACCGGGAUUUCAGAAAACGUUCCAGCAACUUCCAGUGAUUUUCUGAGGACUUCCAAACGUUGCUGAAAAUGUUUGAAGAUGUUCCUACAACCUCUUAGCACUUCCAAAGCUCUUUAAAAACAACAAUAUUCAUGUGUUUUGAUUUCAUUAGAACACAAAGUCAUCACUCCUCGCCUUUUUGAAAUAUUUCCGUGGAAAUUGAAAUGAAUUUUUGUUAUUGAACAUGUGAGAACAAUGUUUGUCCGGAUUUGUGAGUCAGGUGGGAGGAAUUGUCCUUGAUGUCUAAGAUCGAUGUCUUUAGUCCACAAGCAUGAGACUCACCCAUAAUGCAUGAGAAUUGGCAGGUAUACAUACACAGACAUGAGAAAAUAUUGUGUCAUGGUUCAACCUGCUGUAAAAAUAUUAAUGUUGACAAUAGUAGUUUGCAAACCUUGUUCACAGCUGUUUAUUUUUUUACAAGUAACAACCCUUUUUUGCAAAGUGUAAUUUAUCUUUUUUAUUAUUACUGCUAUUGUUUGUGCUCAUCAGGCCAUAUCUGCGAAAGGCAACACACUCGUUCCUAUUGUAAAUCGAGAAAACAAGGUUUGUUUCCUUUUAAUGGUCAACACCUUGAUAGUUCCUUUUAUAGUACAGUAUUUAUUUUAAGGUAAGAUUUGUCAAUUUGAUUUUUAAAGAUCAUUAAUUUUGUGGGAUUGUGUCUUGGUACUCUGCCACUCAAGUCAACUCAUGUUAUAGAUUAAGACGGAAUCCAAAAACUAGGGAGAGAAAAGCAGCAAAUAGAAUGCAAAGUAAGUGGCUACAAGUUCCACAGUAGGCGACAAUCAAUCACCGGGUGCCGGCUUCUAUUGAGAACCCUGUAUAAACUGGUACUGUACUUUAUGAACCAACUCUAGGGAUUUUGUUUUGGCAAAAAAUUCAUCAUUAUCAGGGAUUUUUUAGGCUAAAAACAGCUACGAAGGAGACUAAGAGUUUUUGACAAAUAAAUUUUAUUGAGGCCUCUCUUAAACCAUCCCACCUCUUCAUCACAAUAAUACUUGAGUGUUUUUCUUGUGACAUACUUUUUGUUUCUUUGUUUCUUCAAUUUUUAGACCAAACAGGAAGAGUUAAAAGAGUUUGCUCAAGAGGUGAGUCAUCUGCAUCAAAACUCUUCAUCCCCUUAUUCUGGCAAUUUUUUGAUAAAAGUUUCCAGUGAAAAUGUUUUUUUAUAAAAAGUCCUUGGUACUGAUUUCAUCCCUUUAGUGAAAAUGAGAAUUUUCAAAUAAUGUGAUUACCUUAUUGAGUAAAAUUUUUUCAUCUGUUCAGGAACCUUGAUAAAAUGAACCCCUAAAUGUAUUUUUUAGGGUAAAAUCAAGUCCUUUUUUAGGUACUGAUAUUUUCAUUAGAUCUCAAAUCCCUUCCCAACAGAUUUAAAAUUGUUGUUGAGUCCCCUGUUUAGUUGCCCCUGGGUAUCAGAAAGGCGAAUAAUGGGUUUGAGAGUAUGCUUAGUGGAAAGUGAUGCAUACAGUUGCGUUAAAAUUUCAUGUCUCAGGCAGGGCUGUCAUGUAAGACUGGGGAUCACAAUUUGGGGAUUUCCCUUAGCUAGUUACUUUUGUGGGAAACAAAAUGUAAACAGAAUCAAAUGAAAUUCCUAACUGUUUAGUUCCACACCUAAUGAAUAAAUUGCACAGGGUUCGUACAGGUCAUGGAAAAACUGGAAAGUCAUGGAAUGUGAGAAUUUCAUUUUCCAGGCCUGGAAAGUCAUGGAAUUUAAAUGUUGGUCCUUGAAAGUCAUGGAAAAUUAAAGUUUUGUUUGAUAAAGUUAGUUACCGCAGAUGACAAGGCAAGGACAAUGGAAGAUAGAGAGGAGUAAUUAAACAGUACACACGACAUGCAUUUUGGUUGACACCAGAGUUUAUGUCUGUUAAACUGUUAAGGUCAAAAAAUACCCUAAAACAAGGAAAGUUUUUAAAAUUUUUGAAACUGACAGCUAAACUUAAGGUCAUGGAAAACUCAAAAAGGUCAUGAAAAAAGUCAUGGAAUUUGAAGAGCUCAACUGCAAUACCUGGCAACUUGAAAUCGUAGUGAUAGUCUUGCCAGCGCCGUGCCUUGUACCAGUAAAUUAUUCAACUCUUGGACUUUUUCUCAUGGCUAUGUUACAUGUCAAAAUUAGAUUCAGGUUAAAAUUUUUAAACAGAAUCCACAACGAUUCACUAAGCAACAGAUCCACAAAGAUCAGCUCGAAAAUGCCAGUGUGAGAUGCAACGUAAGUCACAAGAUAAGCAAAAGGCCCCUGCAGUCACCCCUCAGAUCAUGUACGCUGGAGAAGGAGACCGCUGACUGCAUUGGCUUGCAAUUUAACUUUGCCUAAAUUACAUUUAGCCACAUUUAAAAUUUUAAACCCUAGUUUGAUUCUCAAUUUCCUUUGUCCUCUAGCCCUAACUAUUAUUGAGUUAGGACUAAGGGACAAAGGAAAUUGAUAUAAUCAACUGAGGUUUAAAAAUCUUAAAUUUAAUUUUUACCUGUAACAUCUAUCUUGGUGUCAAUUAUUUACUUUAGUUUGGUGCUGCUUUUUUCUGGUAAAAUGAUUUUACCAGAAAAAGGCACCACAAUUAAGGGAAAGACCUAAAUGUUUUUUUUUGUUGUCAGUAGCAACUUUUUUUUUGCAUAUGCAUUUUUCAGACUUGCAUGCAGGUAGUAGCAAAAAGCAGUGCUCUCAUAAUCAGUCAUCCAUUUUAUGGUAAGUCUCUUUGUUUUAACCUCAGAACACUCAUGGCUCUCUUUUAAUCCAAAACUUUACAAGUUACCUUUCAAUAUUAUCUGUGUUUUGUACUUUCAGUUAUCUCCGUUCGGAUGAUGGUCCAGUUUGUUGGAAAGGAGACAAUUUAUAGGUCAGCUGUUUUGAAUCAGUUUUUACAUUUUAUAUUUUGCUCAGAAAAAACCAAACCUCCAUUUCAUGGUCAAUUCAACAUCCAGCCAUUAUGUACUCUUAGGACACUGACCGAUAUUUCAUAGUUACAGUAUUGUGCAAUGAAUUAUAUGUUAUUAUUAUAUAGACACAAGUGUUUUACUAGAAAAUAUACCACUCAUAAAAUUCAUAAAAACUACAUCCAGGACCUGAGUGGUUUAUUUUCCAUAAUCUCACACGUGAGUUUAUCGAUGACGUAUUUUUGGUAAUUUCUCUCUAUUAUUUUAUCGAUGUCAUUUUGUCUAUCUAAUAAAAAGAAUAUUACACGGCGGCUUGAAGAUAUGAAUUUUAUUUUCUCGUGGCAAAAACAAUAUUUUGCUCACUCACUGCACUCGUUAGUAAAAUAUUGUUUUGCCACUCGAAAAUAAAAUUCAUAUCUUCGUGCCACCGGGUAAUAUCCUCUAUUUAUAUUGUUGUGUCAUGACCAAUCAAUUAAGUGAUCGGGACAUGAAGGCAAACUACAAACAACGACCUGAUUACCUUUGCUGCUUAAAGUUUAUAAGCAGGUUAAGCAUAAUUAUCCAGGUGAAGAUAGGCCUGAAUAGGACUGUUGUUGACAGUGACUGACAUUUCAACAGCCUGUGUGGAAUGAUGAUUGGCUCUAUCCUGUUGACAUAACAUUCCAGAAAUAAUUUUGGCAUUUUUAGUUUUCUUAGUUUGAUGGCAAAUGAUAAAUGUUUUAUGAAAUUCUAAAAACUGAAAUUAUUGAUAGAGUACUAAAUGUUAGAGCACUCCCCGAAAUAACUAUUGUCCAUUACAUUCUUAUUUUCAGUGGUCUGCGUACCUCUAUUAGAGAAAUUUACAACAAUGAAGGCAUUGCUGGAUUCUUUAGGUAAGAACUAUGUCUCAAUAUAUUAUUCAUCUCUUUCUGAAAAAAUCUAAUUUCUUUUCGUAAAAUCCUCAGAAAUAUGUACCCUAGCACUACGCAAAAGUUUUUAGGAAUGCGCGGUAAACCCAUAGAAUUCUGUCCACAGAUUUAAGUGUUAGAGUAACAAGUAAUCAAGCCAUUACUUCAUCUGGGUGUAAAAGGGUACUUAAGAAUUGCACAUAGGUAUAUAAUAUUAUUUUUUCAAUUUUUGUUAUUGCCUUCCAACUCAUUACACUGAUCAACAGCAUUGUGUCACAUGGUUCCCUAAAUCAUCCCAUUCACUGGUCAACUUACAUCUAAAAUAGUUUCUCUGUGUAGUGGAAAGGGUUCACAAAGUUAGUUUUACACAAGAAGAAAGUUCAAAGAGGGAGAAAAGGCCUUAAGUCUUUGUCAAUCUUUGUUUAAAUCUUUUUUGUUUUUUAAUCAAGUGCCUAAAACAAUGUUUUUACUCAUGAAUCACAGCACCUUCAGUAUCUAGCUUAUUUUUUAAAAAAGUGGUAGUUUAUGCUUGUUUAGUGACAACAACCUUUUCUUCAUCUACUCUUCCUCUUUAAAGUGGUGUCAUUCCUCGUCUCAUUGGAGAGAUCCUUUCCUUGUUGUUAUUUCGUGGAGCAUGCUUCUUGGUUAGCAAGUAUGCUAUUGACAGUGAGGUAUGGACUUAUAAUAAAAAACAACUGAUCUGAAUGUUGGAAAUGUAAGCCUGCCUAUGACUACCCUUAACUGUCAGUUUGAGAACCUCUUCAUGGAUUUUUUUAUGACAUUCAAUAGAGCAGAAAGAAUCCCAAUUUCACAGGCAAAAGUUAUGUGUGGGAUGUGCCAUCAUUGGACUCUCACCUGACCUAUCUCCGACCCCCACCCCUCUCCAGAACCCCCAUCACCAACUACCACCCAUCUCUUUGCAAGUGCUUUGUUCCAGUCAGGGAAUUUUGGUGACUAACUGGUCUUGUCAAAAACACCCUCUUGAUCUACUAGUCUAACUCAGUCUAACCCAUUACUGACAGUUGGCAGAAAAAUUUCACAUAAGACUGUAAACGACAGUUGGCAGACAGCUGGCCGACAGUUUUUUGGGAAGCUGUUCUUCACUUUUUUCUAAUAAGGCCCUUUUAAGGUUAAAUUCUGACAAGCAACAUGGCCUUGAAACAGCAACAUAAGACAGAUGGAAUGGCGACAAACAACGUGAAGAUGGGUUGACUGGGACAGCAUCAGGGAAAAUCACAAAAUUAAUACAAUAGUAAAAUAAUGACAGCAGCAUGACCUCCUAUUCAAUAUGUGAAAUGUCUGUACAUAAAAUUCAGACAAGGACCGUACAUACCCCCCCCCCUCCCGCCGCUAAGAAGGCCUCAUUAAUAAAUUCAUGGUAUUGCCACUCAUCUAUUUACUCGUCAUGAUACUCUCCUUGUAGUUAUUAUCAUCAACUGAUUUUAGAAAAAUUACUGUUAUUCAGUGUACAGUGGAACCCCGUUAAUGCGACCACCGUUGGGCCAUCAAAUCCUGGUCGUAAUAACGAGGUGGUCUCAUUAACGGGGUCUUCAAAAUAAUAAAAUGACUCAAUGGUUUUACGUGUGGUUUGAAAGAAUAUGGCCAUAAUAACAAGGUGGUCUUAUAAACGGGGUGCUGGUAAGGCGGGGUUCCACUGUAUUGUCUUCAUUUACACAGUAAUAUUAUUUCUGAUUUUAUACUAAAGGUUAGUAGAAGAAAAGAAGUACAGGUUUACACCAAUGGCCUUUUUCAGGUAAGUUUUGGUGUAUUUUUUUUCUUUAGUCAAUAAUAUUACAGUGAAUUAACUAACGAAAAGUGCAUUCAUCAGAGAACUCAAGGCAAUUGUCAUGAGGUGGUAGGUCAACUCAGGGCAGCCUCUACAAAGACCUAAAAAUUCCUGUCUGUUCGGCCGGGACAAAAAUGAAAUAAUACAUUAAAAUGUUAAUAUUUGCUGUAGCUGUCCCAAAACUGUAGAGCAAUCUCCCAUUAAAAUUUAAGAUGGAGCAACUUUGUUGACAUUUUUAAGAAUCAUUUUAAAACCUACCUUUUUAAAAAUUGGCAUUUCACUUGUAAUUGAUUUCCUCUAAAUUUUAACCUUUGAAUUUUGAUUAUACUUUUAUUGUAAAGUACAAUGAGCAAAAAUAAUAGUGAUAAUGACACUAUAUAAAAUAAUGUCUUAUUAUAUUAUUAUUAUUAUCAUUAUUAUUAUUAUUAAUACAAGCCAAGAUUAGCUGCAGACCAUUAUUUUCCAGUGAAUAAAGUUAAUUUUUCCUCACCUAUAAUAUUUUUCAGAAUGAACACUAAAACAAUUCAGUGAAAACCAAUAAUGUAUUAAUAUAUUUUUCCUUUUUUGUAUUAAACAUGCAUGUUUUCCUAAAUUUCUAAUGAUAAUUUUUAAUUGAAGUAUGUUGCCGGAGUGGUCACAUAUCCAUUUACGCUGGUGUCAAACAUGAUGAUCGUCAACCAUGUUGGGUUAGUCUUGCUGUUAUCUUUAUUUUUAUUUAAGUGUGACCAUAGAGUUCAGCUGUAAUCAAUAUUAAACCUUCAAUGCACUUAACAUUUUCAUGAGGCCAAAUUUAAGUACAGUGGUCACAUUGUCUUCAUAUGGGGUAAGUUUGGAGAACAAAAUAAUCCACACCCCUCCCCUCUCCCCUUCAUUCAAAGUUGGAGUGAUUGUUGUUUUCUAAAUUGAACAGUGCCACAACAUCGCAUGGAGGGGAUUGGGGAGGGAAAGCUUUGUUUUCCCCUUUUGAAGUUGGGAAAAUGUCAGAGAGGCCCUUUAGGGCAAAGUGUCUCAAGUUAUUUUGUCACUGAUUGUUGAUAACCACAGUAAAAACUGCAGUUGCAAAUUCAAGGAGUUUCCUGAGAAGGGAGCAGCUGUCAAGUUUUCAAUAAUUAUUUCCUGUAAAAGGUUUUACAGUGUGGGUAAAUGGCUGAAAGAAAAGUUUGACCCAGGGCUGUUGUUAAGGGCUGAGGGCCCAGGACUUUCCUUGGCCAAGUUUGAACUACCUACUUUUCAUGUAAAAAUAUAUGAAAACUGACAAUGCAAGAACAGUAAAUAAGCCUAUUUUUCCUAUCUCCCCAGCUAGUUCAUUAAAUGUUGGAGGUGGUAAAAAUUUAAGCAUGGCAUGCUGGUAAUGAAAGCAUGAAAUCAAGCCAUGCUUGGUAAGUCAUGUGGUAUCAGAUCUGAUAAUGGUAUUGUUCUGUUUUGAUUGUUUAGACUUGCUGCAGGUGAACUCCCUGCUAUGCCUGUGUUUUCCGGAUGGACAGACUGUUUUAAACAUCUCAGGAAAACGGUAAUGGUCAGGAUUUAGAGUGUGAAGAGUAUGCUAAGAUCUUAGGUUUGCAGAUAUCUAGCGAUCUUACACGGAAUAACCACAUAUCCAAUAAUAUUGUUCGUGUGAUGAGGCACUUUCCAUGACUGGGCUAGUCCCCUUACACAGGUGCCAUGAGUUCUUAAGUGACAAUCUUUUUAAUUCCAUCCUGUGUAAUCCUUUGAACAAGCUGUACAGAUUCCUCCCUUCUAAGAACAAGUGCGAGGUCAAUAUCAAUCUAUCUAUCUUAUGACUGCAUUACAUGUGUGAUUUCAAAAUUAACGAAUAAUACUUGCAAAGUAUAAAAUAGUUAUGUAAAACUGCACAAUGUGCAUGGUUUUUUUUUGACAUGUCAUCUUUAAAAAACCAUGCCUUUUACUCAGUUAUUAUUAAGGUAAAUGCAUGGUCAAUGCUAACCAAGAUCUUACAAUUUUAUUUUUUAUUUGAAAGGAAGAAAAAACACUAUGAUUCGAAACAAGUUUACGUUUAUAAGUGACUUCAUAGUAAAAAAUAAUAAUCUUCUCUAUUCCAGGGUAACUUGUGGCGAGGCUCCAGCAUGUUCCGACGGACUGUUCGCCAAGUAAAAGGGAACAAGUGAUCAAGCAACAAACACAGUUUUUCAAAGCCUGUGAAGUCUUACUUCUUUCAAUAUUCUUAUUUGAAGAUGUGUUGGCUGGCAAGUGCUGAUACAGAAAAAAGACCAUCCAAGCCUGGCCCCAGUUGUUCAAAACCCUUAUCCAAUUGGCCCUGGUUGUUCAAGAGUUGGAUAGCACUAUCCACCGGAUAAAUUGCUAUCCAGCUGACAAGUAGUAGGAAGACCAAUUGCAUUAUCAACUGGAUAGUGAUUUAUCCAUUGGGUAGUGCUAUCCACUUUUUGAACAACUGGAGCCAGAUAAAAAAUUGCUUUCCACCCUGGCCAUGGAAAUAAUAAUUUGUCUGGUGGAUACUGCCAUCCAUCUGGGAGCUUAACAUUAUUUUAUAACCUUGUUGUAGUGCCAUUUUUUCUGUUAUCACGUCCUAAUAAAGUAUUAUUUUAAAUGUUUUUUUUUAAAUUUCUGUCCCUCAGAGCAGGGCUGUCAACUAGAUUUCUAGCUGCUAGGUAUUAUUAGUAAGUUCUUUGCCUCUGUGUUUUUUUCCUUUUAUUUCCUAUGAAAGUAGCCAGUGGUCAUGCUUUGAGGGGGGCAAGCUUAUUUUCGUGGUGCCGUGAUGGACCAUUUUUGGUGCCCAUGAAUCGUGAUGUACUGAAAAAACUGUUCUGUGAAUCAUGAUUGAAGUACACUCCAUGAAACGUAAACUGCCAAAAUCCUUGAUUAUGUACACUUACACUGAAGAUCAAUUGACGAAAAUAUAUCAUUAAUUUGGCCUCAUGACCUUAACUAGCGUCUGGUGGCUUGAUUUGCUGGUAACUUCACCUUUGAGUCUUUUGAUGUAACUUCACACUUCAGUGCACUCAGACCCACCUACAGCUGGCUUCCCUAAGGAAUUUAUAGCCGCGCAGAGAUCAGCCCAAUGUGUGGCCGAGAUCGAAGGUCAAUAAUUACACUAUUUGUUUUGUGACUCAUGAAAGGCAAAAUUGUUGUUCAUGAACAUGUGACAAGACCCCCCCCUUGCCCCCCUCGGCUUUAGUAGAUGGUCCCCGUCAGCCCUUAGCCUUAUAGACAGCCCUGCAGUGUCAAUUUAUUUUCCAAGCAAGGUUGCCAUUGUGAGCACAGUCAACUCCCUUUAUAGCAGACACUGUUGGGAACUUGAGUUAGUGUCCUCAUUAGCGAGUGUCCGUAAUAGCAAGAGUUUAUUUCACUCAAACAUCUGUAAUUUAUUUUUGCCUGGCAUUUAGCUGCUGUCCUUAUUAUGAGGGU